AUGAAUUCAUUCAUUGGCAGACGAAGAAGGUUGGGACAAAAAUCAGUGGAAUCUAAGAGUUCGCUACCAGGAGCAUGUUCCAGAACGAAAAACAAGGCAAAAGCAAAUAAAUAUACGGAAGAAACCCCUGACACUGGAUCACUAGAAGAACAAGAACUGACAGUGACUAGCUCUUCAGAUGGUGGUUAUUACAACAUCGCAUCUGUCAAUUCCUGCAUUCGCGUUGAGGAUCUUCAGAGGAUAAUUGCGGAAAAGAAUCGUAAAGAAAACACCAUAUUCGCUGCAGAAUAUAAGAGAUUACCAACAGGAAACAGUGAGAUUUGUGGAACAGCGCAGAGACCUGAGAAUGUGUCAAAGAAUCGCUUCAAAACAAUCUUUCCUUAUGAACACUCGAGAGUCGUCCUGGAAGAGAAAUGGAAUCCGUCUGACAACGACUACAUCAAUGCAAACUAUAUAAAGGAUAAUGACGGGAACGCACGAUUUAUAGCUGCACAGGGUCCUAAAAAGACUACAAUUAAAGAUUUCUGGAAAAUGAUGUGGCAGGGAAAUAUCAAAACGGUUGUGAUGCUGACAAAUAUUGUUGAAAACGGAAAGAAUAAAUGUAGCAGAUACUGGCCAGAUAAAGACCAGUCCCUUUGUAUCGGUCCGUGUACAGUAACUCUGUCCGAGGAAGUUGUUUACUCUUUCUAUGUUGUUCGAAGACUCUGUGUUCAGAACAAGGAGGCCAUUCGUAAGCGCACCAUUACACAGUAUCACUACACAGCCUGGCCUGACCAUGGGACCCCAGAAGAAAUCAGUAUCAUUCAAUUUCACAGAGCUGUGCUAAAAACACACCAGCGAAGGUCACCGUUACUCGUCCAUUGCAGUGCCGGUGUUGGAAGGACGGGGACAUUCAUUGCAUUAGACACGCUGCUGGAAGAAGGACGGAGAUCUGGAGAAGUUAACGUGUUGGAGUUUGUGAAAUCGAUGAGGGAGGACCGCAUGACUAUGGUUCAAACAGUUGAACAAUACGUCUUUCUGCACAAAGCUUUGUUGGACGGGUUACAGGGAUCCUGCGCUGCGAUAUCAGAGAGUGAUUUCCAACUCAAAGCCAAGGACAUGCUGGAAGAGACCUCCCCUCUAAAUCAAAGACAAGUGUACUGUGAAUUUAAGAAAUUAUUGACACUAAAGCCUGUCUAUGACGAUGAGGAGAAAGAAGAUUCUAAAACACCUGAAAACCUAACGAAAAACGUAUCCGUUGACAUCUUACCCGUUUCAAAGCAUCGUCCCUAUCUAGCAACGUAUGUAAAGGGCCGGAACGACUACAUCAAUGCUGUGAUAGUUCCAUCCUUCACAAACCCCAUGGGAUUCAUAAUUACCCAGAAGCCUCUUGUGGACACGGAAGUGGACCUGUGGCGGAUGUGCAUGGACCACGAUACUGACGGAAUAGUGGUUCUCAAUGAUAAAGACGAGGAGAAUAUAUGGGUCCCGUCUAAAGGGUCAUCCCGGACUGUACCGCCAUUCAACAUUACAGCAAAGAACACAGAGAGCACGACGAAUGGCGUGAUACAAGGUGUCAUUGGAGUGUCUGAUCAAGAUCGUCACAAGUUGAUAGACAUAUCUCAGCUUCCUGCCAAUGACGACGAAUCAAUUCUGAAAGGAAUAGAACUGUUACUGGAGAAAACAAAAUCAUCAACAUACAGAACGACCGUGAUAAGCAAAGAUGGCGCAGGUGCCGCUGGAAUAUUUUGUGCUCUUCAUAAUGCAGUUCAAGAAUUAAGGAUGGAUGGGGAAAUAAAUCUGUUCACUAUUGUGAGACAGAUCCAUAGCAGAAGACCGGAAGUUAUUGGGAAGCUGGAUGAGUACAGGCGUUGCUACGGCCUGUUGAUGACGUUGUUGGAAACUCAAGGAAUAUAUGCAAAUUUAUAGUUCAGUACGAGGCCGCCUCUGUUGCUGUCAGAAAUUCUCUUCAAUUUUUUCAUCUACGUCUUUAUCGAUGGUGUGCCUUUAAAUUUUCCUAGACCAUUUGUGUUUUCGAUUUCCCUCGGGAGUUCAAGCUACAUAUUCUCGUGUUGUUGUGACGUUUUUAUCUAGAAAUAUAGGCUAUCCACUUUCGUUGUCGUAUUUGGAUAGCUUUUCACAAAUGCUUACAUUUUAGUUUUUGCUAUAUGUAAUUCAAAUAUCCGCACCUUUCAAAAAUGCACGUUCUUGUAAAUAUAUAUUUUAUCAUGUUUGAACAUUUUGAAAUUCCCGAUAUGAAUGAGGAAGCAAUACUUUUUAUUUGUCCUUUUGUCUGUACGUUAAUCAACUGUGAAAUAGGUCAAGCAUUUUAUAAUUGAUGACGGUUGAGGCCAAUGGUGCAGCUGUGAGUUUGUGAUCGAAAGGACCAACACUAUUUAGAAAAGUCACAUUCGGCAAAACUGAAUUUGGUGUGGUUUAGUGGCAUAUUUCAAUGUGUAGGAUAAAAUGACACAUGUUACUUCUAAAUAAACAUGAAGAUAAAUACACCACAAAAUUUCAUUCCAAAGAAACCGGUUUGAUAAUUGAAUUUUGUAUAGAAUGUUUAUGCUAAUUGUUGGUUAUCUAUUUGUGUUAUGUUCUAUCGAAAACGUGUCGAUGCUAUCGAGACGUCACCUGAUGACCAUUUCAACCUAUACCUGGCACUAAGGAUCGUAGCAGUGAAGAUUUAUCAAUGUGUUAACAUCUGCGGCUAUCUGCAAACUCGGAUUUGAAGGUCAAAUAUUUGCGACAGCCGAGCGUUUUGCGAAAGAGCGAUCAUUACCUAUUUUUAGGUGGAUGCUGUUUUGCAUUAGCGGGACUCAAAGUCAGGACCUAAUUGAAAAACACACUGCGACCGUUUGGGAUGUUUCCUGUAAUAUAAUGUUUGUGUUCACCGUUACUCAAUCAUCAGUUUGUAAAACGUGUCAGAAUCUCCUAUCAUCUGUUUACAUAAUUCAAUAUAUUUUUAGUGAAUAAUAAGUACUUCACUGUUCGAAUACCAAGUUGAGUUAAUUCAUCACUGCUGUCCAUGUUAUGAUGAUGGAAUAUUUUGGAGAAUCUAAUUAACAUCAGCAAACACGGGUUAUCACUUCUAAACGCUCGUCGCCAUGUUCCUGCCGCCCCUUCGCAUAGUAUAAUUAUAUGGUGUUUAAGUUUUCGGUGGACAAUGGACUUUUUUUGUUUUUUUAUAUCGUUCUGAGAUGUCUUUUCAUUCCUUUUGUAAUCAAUCAAUGUGUUUCCUGACAUAUAUUCAUAAUGGAAACUUUAACUAUAUGUAAGUCAAAACCCUCACUUUAGUUGGAUGUGUAUAAUAAUUCGAAUAAACGACUAUUCCUAUGCAU